GUCUGCGGCGGUCUGGGUUGAACUCAUUGGCCAGGUCCCAGUCUGUCACCUCAAAGCUCUCCACCUCCACACCUUCCUCCUCCUCCUCUCUCCGCCCAUACAGAUGUGACAUGGACAUCUGUGGACAUCACAUUUCACAAGAUACCAAGACGGUUGAAGUACUGCAAAAACUCCAAAUGAUAAAAGGAAAACCGACAAAACUAUCUGCUUAUAAAAGUUACGGGGUGUGUCUGAAAGCUCGCGCGAAUAAAUCUAGACACCGGUGAAUUAGCAUAAUGUCGGACACCGGGGAGGAGUGGCAGGUGGCCCGGCGACGAAAAGGCGCAGCGCGGAAAUCAAAAUCCUUUCAGGUGUCGUCAAAUUCAACAAGCCCACAGGAGCAGCUGGACAUCGGGAAAACUGUUAAACGAAUCAGAGACACAGUGUCUGAGCUAAGAUGCGAGGAAUUCUGGCACGAGUGGAAAGGAUUCUUGUCUCCAGAGCAGCUGCUGUUGGCGGGACCAGGAGCCCUCUUAAAACCUCCAGAGAACAAAGACACAGAGGAGACACUGAGCAGAGAUGGCAGACAAAGCCAACAGCUGGACUGUGUGUGUUAUGGCCUGGGCUCUUUUUCCUCCUGUGUCUCAGCUCGCUACCAAUUAGCCUUGUUGCUGCUGCUCCUGGAUGCAGGACAGAUUCCCCUUAAGGACUGCUCUGUUUAUGACCCUGCUUUCUCCUCCGGUGAGAGGGAUGUUUUGAGAGAGCUGGGUCUGACUGUGCUCACAGAAAAUGAGGAGGGGAAGCGUCUAGCGACGAAGCCCACACUUUUUUACCUGAUGCAUUGUGGGAAAGCCCUGUACAACAACCUUCUGUGGAAGAAUUGGAGUACACAAUGUCUUCCUCUCAUGAUAAUCAUCGGAAACAGUUUCAACGGCAUGAGGGACAGGACAAUCGAGAGAGAGUUCAAGCGGGACUACGGCUACAUUACGCAGGCUGUCUGUGUGUGUGAGGAGAGACCGCUGCCCUGUCCAUCCCGUCUGAUUGACGUUUUCAGUGACACGGCCGUUAUCACCUUUCCUAACAGCAAUCUUGAUGGACUCCCACAAUCCACAUGGGUAGAGCCACCUGAACCACAGUACGGACACUGCCCUGAUUUGGAGAUUAUUGAGAGGGAAACACAGAGCAGAGACAGGAGAUGAACAAGAAAUUGACUGUAUGUAUUGUAUUUUUUUUUUAUUGUUGGCACUAAUAUGAGCAGUUUUUAAAUAAAUAAACCCUCCUUCAAAUUGAGGAUUGAAUCGUGCAAUUCUAGUGAGCCACCACUGUGGUAGUUUGUCUCAAAGCCUUAAUGGAGAGGAAAAGGGACUGCUGAGCAUCUUGGACCAGUUGUGAAAAUCUUGGUUUUGCUGACCAGUGGUUUAAUUUCUCACCUUGCUGCAGUGAGGUACGAGUGUACUCCAUGUGACAUCACUGUUUCGUAUGGUUCACAGACCGUAGAUAAGUAGGGGCCGCUAGAGAUAAAGCACAUUUCUGGCCGCACCCAGCCACACCCAUCACCGACGCUGGGUGUGCUCAGAGAUUCAGAUUUGAAACUUUCCACCGGUGAGCUGUUUUGUGUUUUUUCAAAGUGAAGUGUUGAGGGGAAGCACCAACAGUCAAGAUUUAAGAGUUGGCUACAGAAAACAGCCUUUGUAAUACAAGAAGCGGACACGAAGAAUUAGCUUAGCAUGUCACAACAUCUAUGUCUGCUGGUGUGAUUUGUUUCCUGACAACAAAAAUCAGUGAAUGCUACAUUGUUCAACAGGUGGGACAUGCACAUUUCUGGAUUACCAAAACUUUCUCAUUGUUCAUCAACUAAGUAUAUGACAGUUUUCAUAUCUUAAGCAAGUUUGGUCGCUGUGCAGAUUAUUUCCACUGAUGUCUUACCGUGGACCAUAUCAGUGGCUGGAAGAUGGGGGGGGGAAAAAAAAAAACUGGUAUGUUUUGUAAAGUGAUUGGUAAUAAUGUACAAAACAUAUCUUAGAAAAUGGGGGGGGAGGAAACACAGGUGUAGUUCUUUACAUUUAGAUGAUUCUCCAGUCAAGGUCUUCUGGGCACAUCAGGUGUUUGGUAAAUCCUGAACGUGUUUUUUUUUGUACAACCUACAAUACAUUGUACUAUUUGAUAAAACGGUUUUAUAUUUAUUAAAAAUACAUUUUUAGAGCA